AUGGUAGUGUUUGCUCCCCUCGUCGACCCUCUAGAAGUGAUACCGCUGCCAUUGAAAAUAUUUCGCUUAAUGGGCGUGAGCCGACUGUACCGGGAGAAGAUACGACUGUACGGAUGCAUGUCCUACGUUGCAUUGCUCUGCUUCAUACCGAAACUUUGCCUUGGCUAUGAUACCAUCGCUCAGGGCUUUAGAGGCAUUGCCGAGCUGCUAUUCAGUCAGAACACUUGCUUAACGAUGAUGCUUCUUCCUUUUAAGUUCGACAAAUUCAGUCAACUCAUCGAGGGACUUACGCUUUGCACGAAAACGGUGUGUGGCGAUGAGGAUUACCGAAGCAUUCUAGUGACUCUGAAUACAAUGAUCCACAAGUUCACAAAGUACUACUUCUUAUUCACCGUUUUUAUCGUAUGUGCCAUGUACACGAGCACGAUUUCGGGUAUCCUGUUCAUGUAUUACCGGUCCGGGGACAGUGAUCAGCCCCUCGAACUACCACUGGUCUUGGAGUACCGACUGUAUGGGCUGGAUGUCCACAGGAAUAUAGUGCACUGCUUCGCGCACCUUCUGAUAUUGGCCCCGACUAUAACUGUUCUUUUGUUUGCGUUCACGGCUAAGGCAGGUGUUCUCUUCGGUCUGAUACGCCACUGCACAACGAUUCUCCAUAUUAUUCGACUAAAGAUCGAUCGCCUGAAUCAUGUUGGCAAUCGCGCACGGUUCGGUUCAGAGCUACGGCAAAUCAUACAACUGCACCAGCAAGCACUCAAGUGUACGGAUCUGCUAGAGGACAUUCUCAUGUAUAUUCUGCUGGCACAGUUUACUGGUUGCGUGCUGAUUUGGUGCUGUACGCUCUAUUUCGUCAUGUACAGUGGCAUUACUGCCGAUGGUAUCACCGCCGUGGCCAUGGUGUCAUCGUUUUCCGUGGAAACCUUUAUAUUCUGUGUGUUCGGUCAGGACCUUACUCGGAAGGGGGAGGAAAUCAGUGAAGCCAUUUAUGCAACGAAAUGGUACGAGCAACCGGUGCACAUUCAAAAGAUGAUCGUUCCCAUCAUACAGAAGGCUCACCGUCGUGUCGGCAUAAAGGCGGCCAAGUUUUACUACGUGGAUGUCAAUCGAUAUGGAAGGAACCUGAGAAUGGCGUACUCGUUCUACCUGCUGCUGAAAGAUAUCUUCUAA